UGGGAAAAGAUACCACAGAGGAACAAACUGGAACAAAAGCUGACAAAGAUGGUGCAGUAAUUUCUCUUGGGAGAUCAUCAACUCUAGCCAGGGGCGGACUGACAACUCAUGGGGCCCCGGGCAAUCAGGGAUCAUGGGACCCCUGUGUCCUUGCCCAAACUCAAAAAAGCCUAUGAAAAAAAGGUACCAGGGGCAUCUCAUGGGGCCCCCUACUGACCCCGGGCCCUCGGGCAGUGCCCGAGUUUCCAAAUGGUCAGUCCGCCCC